UCAUUUGCAUUAUUAUAUCCAAUUUCAAGUUGUUCUCUAGGCCAUAUACAGCAGAACGUUCAAUAGAAGAAUACACCCGUGGCAGCGCCUUUACACACACAGAUCAUAUACAAAGCAGAUGUUGAGAACAGUACCACAGAUUUCAGAUAUGUCACUACUACUACGCAGAAACUUCUCUUCUACAAUGGCAAACUCUACUAAGAGAUUUUUGCAAACCACACCAAUGCCCGUCCAAGGUGUGAGCUACGUGCCGUACAAGAUGUCCACACAGAGUUCGGAAGGGACUAGUGACCGCAGCACGACGAAGAGUUUGGGAUCGACCGGAUGGGCCAAGCACAGUCUACCUUCUAGAAGCUUUGGAGAUGUUUUGAAGAGAAAGGCAACCACUGUUGAUGCCAGCACCACAACUACACCAAAGAAGAGAAGAAGAAGAACAUUGAAGCCACGCAAGGCACUUAUUACGCUAUCCCCGAAUGCUCUUGCCCACCUCAAAGGUCUCCUGAACCAGCCGACACCACAGAUGAUUCGUAUUGGAGUGAAGAACAGGGGCUGUUCUGGCUUGACAUAUAACCUUGAAUAUAUCGAACAGCCACAGAAGUUUGACGAGGUUGUCGAACAAGACGGGGUUAAAGUUGUCAUUGAUUCAAAGGCCCUCUUCUCGAUCGUUGGUUCCGAGAUGGAUUGGAUCGAUGACAAGUUGAGUUCAAGAUUUGUCUUCAAGAAUCCAAACUCUAAGGGAACAUGUGGCUGUGGUGAAUCCUUCAUGGUAUAAAUUUUCAUCACUGAUUGCAUGAGCGUACCGCUUCUUGAAACUAGUACGCAUUUCAUAAACAUACAAGGGGUGUGAGUGGGUCUUUUCUGUCUUUUGUUUUCAUGGGUUUUUGCUGUUGUUGUUCAAUUUUAUAUUUAUUCUUGGAGAGUGUUCCUAGGCCAGGCUGGAUUAUACUCAUAUUUUUACGCAAACUGACUUAUUAGUUAAGAAAUUGUCAUUUUCUUUCUCUUCUACCAGCAGUUG